ACGACACAUUUUGCAUCUUUACGAUUGUUUUGGAGGCUGAUUCAAAAUGGAGUAGGGUUUCAUGUUUCUGUGAGUUCUUUCUUCAAUUAAACACCGCAGUUUUGAUAAAUCUUGGUGUGACCAGAAAUCAAGCUUAACCAUAAACAUGUCUGAAGAAAAGAAGUCUGGUUCUAUGGGUUUCUUUUCGAGCUACGAUGACCUAAGUGAUAGCAGCAACGCUAGCGACUCAGAUGAAGAGGAGGGAGACAGCCGAAAGAAAAACAGCCAGAAGUUGGACAAAGAUGCUUCAGGGAGCAAUCCCCAGCCUCCCCAACAAGGGACUAAAAGGUCUGCCAGUGGUGCCCCUUUACCCAAACCGGACGAGCUAUUCGGGACUGUAUCCAGACCUGCGUUCCUGUACAAUCCGCUCAAUAAGGAGAUAGACUGGGAUAGUCUUGUGGUCAAAGCUCCAGAAGAGGCUCCAAAAGAGUUCACGCCAUGGAAGACCAAUGCAGUGCCCCCUCCUCAGAGCUACAGUGCUGCACCAGAGCCAGUGAAGAAGAAGGGGCCUCCUCCAGGGAUGGACAUGGCCAUAAAAUGGUCCAAUGUGUAUGAGGACAAUGGGGCAGAUGCACCUGCACACUCUGGCAAAGCACGCUUCCUCCCACCUGAGGAGCAGCUGUCUGAGUCAGAUGAAGAACCUGAGAAGUCAGAGACCUCUGCCAAAAAGAAACGCGUGGAGACAUUUCAGCAGAAGGAGAAAAGGAAGAGGGACAUGGGACAGGCCACUUCUGAUAAGACGUUUGUGGAGGAGGAGAAAAGGAUCUUAAGGCAAAAUGCUGAAUAACUGAACUCUAUGCCUGGCUAUUUAUGAAAAGCCAGUGCUUUCCAAGGUAUAUUUACCGAGGUCCACUUUACCAUACUGUGUUUGUUAAUGUUUCAAUACAAUACAUACAAGCUUUUAUUUCCCCAAUUUAGAUUAUAAAUAUGUAGAUUUUACAGUGAAAUUUGGUUAAGUAUGUGUCAUGAUGAUUUUCAUAGAUGUGUGCUAUUUGUGUUUUAUAUAAAUUCAGUCAAGUCAGAAAAUAUUCCAAGAAUUAAUUUAAUUUAAAAAAGAAUGCAGUCUAUAAAACAUUUUAAGACUUUUAGCUCCUUGCAUGGUGUAAGCACUAGAUGUCGCUAUUUUACAACAUAUGACUCUCCAACUUCUUCAUGUUUUCUGUGCUGCUAUGAAGUUAGUACUUGGUUUGUAAGUUUAUCAUUUACAUUGUAAUCUUGUAGUUCCUUGACACAGUCUGAAAUAUAGGAACAUCUUUCUGACACUUUCUGAAGUAUGUGCUGCUCAGGUGCAAAGCACAAUGCAGGAACUGCAGUGGUUUAUAACUUUGCUUCAUAAUCGUUUCAGUGAAAUUAGCUGUGUUUUUACUAUAACUUCCAAUACUGUGACCCAAAAAGCAAUAAAAUAUUUUAUUGUACGUUUAA